GGAUCGAUAUUUUCCCCUCUCUAUUAUCAUUGAGCAAAAGGAGGACGCACGAACGAUGUAUUCUGACAACUUACAUACAACAUAGAAAUGGUACAUCGAAAAAAAGAAAAACAAAGAACAAAAUGGCGACAGACGAAAAGAAAAACAAAACGAAGAAGACCCAUCUCACCAGAACACCUCCCAUUUGGACGAGCUGGGAAUCGAACCCAGGACCUUUCGCAUACAGGUGAGUAUGCUAAGCGAACGCUCUACCAACUGAGCCACACGCCCUCCGCAGGAAAAGUGGAGAUGGGUGAAGGUGAAGGUGAUUUGGGAAGUGGACGAGCUGGGAAUCGAACCCAGGACCUUUCGCAUACAGGUCAGUAUGCUAAGCGAACGCUCUACCAACUGAGCCACACGCCCUUAUUUGUGAUGAUGGUUAUCAUAUGUUGGAGAUGCGGCUCGGAUGAAGGGUUCAUUACCGGAGUGUGGUUGGUUGUAAACAUUGAUGUUCGGAAGGGAGGGCAUGUAAUUAUCGCAGGUACAACGGAAGGGUGUAUGACGUGGGUCGUUGCUAGGUGGAUGAAUUUUGAUUUUUUUGGAAGUUGCAAGUUUGUUAGAGUUUGGAAAGCUGCGCAGUGAUUGAAUUAUCGUUGAGUGUCUGGGAAGUGGUGCGGCUUGUGGUCGUAUUGGUGAGGUUUGCUUCUUCGAUCUUUACCGAGACUGAGGGUUUCAAACUGGUGGUCACUGCAUCGUUUGUUUUGUGGAUCAAGCUCUGAGGGAGACCUGGUGGGCUGCCUUUGGCGUUUUCGUCAUUGAUGUGCAAAUACAAAUAGGG